AUGUUUGUCCAGUGGAUUUUUCUGAUCUCAAGUGCCACCACGAUCUCCUCGAAAUGGAUUUCGAACCGCAUCUUGGGAGGCCAUUCUGUGUCAAUUGAAUCGGUUCCCUGGCAGACUUCUCUUCAAAAGUAUGGCGAUCACUGGUGCGGUGCGGUAAUAUACAGUGAUAAAAUCGUUUUAACGGCAGCUCACUGUACCAAAGAUGCUUCGCCUUCUAUUUUUUCCGUGAGAGUCGGUUCGUCAAACUCCGCAUCCGGUGGUCAAGUGGUAAAGGUAUCACACAUUAUUGUACAUGAGGAAUACGACCAGAACGACGAUGUAUCCAAUGACAUAGCCGUGAUCCAACUUAAGUCCAACCUUAAAAUGGGCGUUGGUGUCAAAUGCAUUCCACUUGCCGACCGUUCUCCUAGCCCUGGAUCUUCAGCUUCAGUUUCUGGAUGGGGAAGGUCAGGACUUGAUGGAGAGUACUCUGAGAACCUAAUGAAGACCACACUGACCAUAGUGGAUUGGUACAGCUGCCUGAAUUCCUGGAAUGGACAAAUCAGCAAGGAUAUGAUUUGUGCCUUUGAGGCGGGAAGAGAUUCGUGCUCGGGAGAUUCUGGAGGUCCCUUGGUGUCCGGUGGCAAGCUAGUUGGCCUUGUAUCCUUCGGCGAGGAAUGUGAUGAUCCGCAGAAACCCGGAGUUUACGCUAAUGUCGCUGAGCUCAAGCCUUGGAUCUUAAAUGCUGUUCAUCGUCUGCUUAAACGAAACAAAAAAGUGUAA